CACCGUCAAUUACAUCAACCAGUCGCACCACAUGGGGGCCUUUUCAGCCAAUUUCAUGCCUGAACUGAAUGCCACCUAUCAGGCGGCCGAUUGGCUCACCAAUGGGACGGGGCAAGACUCGCCGCCAGCCACACCUUGGACGAGCUCCCU